CGAGGAGCGAGCCGAGGUAGCGGCAGAGGCAGAGGCAGGGCAGGGCUGGGAGCAGAGGCAGGCAGGCAGCCGAGGCCUUUCCCAGCAGGAGGGGGAGGAGGAGGAGGAGGAGGGGGGAGGACGAGGACGACACCGAGAGGCGGCUGCCGCGCGAAGGAGAAGCCGUGCAGGAGCUGCGGCGGCACUUGGGCGCCACAUUCCCUCCUUACGGGACUGGCGAUGUGGAUGAGCAGGAGCUGACCCGGCUGCCGCGAGCCGCGUUGUGGAGCCGAGUGUCCGCUUCUCCUCCUCCUCCUCCUGCCCCCGCGCGGCUCAACCCGCACGCGGGGGUUCCCGCCGGCACGGGGCUCGCCCGGUCGUGGAGCAGGAGCGCUUCCGCCCGCUGGAGCCCGGGCACUAUGAUCGUACUCCCAUUCAGCACUGGGAGCCGCUUGGAUUUCGUGCAGCCGGCCCGCGGGGGGUUCUUGCAAGCCUUGCUUUGGAUUUUAUGUGCUACGGUGUGCAAAGCGGAGCAGUAUUUCAAUGUGGAGGUAUGGCUACAAAAGUAUGGCUAUCUUCCACCAACUGACCCCAGAAUGUCAGUGUUGCGCUCUGCAGAGACCAUGGAAUCAGCGAUAGCUGCCAUGCAGCAGUUCUAUGGCAUUAAUAUGACAGGAAAAGUGGACAGGAACACACUUGACUGGAUGAAGAGGCCUCGAUGUGGUGUGCCUGACCAGACAAGAGGUAGCCCCAAAUUUAACAUUCGUCGGAAACGUUAUGCAUUAACGGGACAGAAGUGGCAACACAAACAUAUCACUUACAGCAUAAAGAACGUUACUCCAAAAGUAGGUGAUGCCGAAACCCGUAAAGCCAUUCGCCGUGCCUUUGAUGUGUGGCAGAAUGUAACUCCUCUGACAUUUGAAGAAGUUCCUUAUAUUGAAUUAGAAAAUGGCAAGAGGGACGUGGAUAUUACAAUCAUUUUUGCAUCAGGUUUUCAUGGAGACAGUUCUCCCUUUGAUGGGGAGGGAGGAUUUUUGGCUCAUGCAUAUUUUCCUGGGCCAGGAAUUGGGGGCGACACUCAUUUUGACUCAGAUGAGCCAUGGACCUUGGGAAAUCCUAAUCAUGAUGGGAAUGAUCUCUUUCUAGUUGCAGUGCAUGAACUGGGGCAUGCUCUAGGCUUGGAGCAUUCCAACGACCCCACUGCAAUUAUGGCUCCAUUUUACCAGUAUAUGGAAACUGACAACUUCAAACUACCUACUGAUGAUUUACAAGGCAUCCAGAAGAUAUAUGGUCCACCUGACAAGAUCCCACCACCAACAAAACCUCUGCCAACAGUGCCCCCACAUCGUUCUAUCCCUCCAGCUAACCCUGGGAAGAAUGAUAGGCAGCCAAAACCUCCCCGGCCGCCCACUGGUGACAAACCUUCCUAUCCUGGAUCCAAACCUAACAUCUGUGAUGGGAACUUCGACACGCUUGCUAUUCUUCGCCGGGAAAUGUUUGUUUUCAAGGAUCAGUGGUUUUGGCGUGUCAGAAACAAUAGGGUGAUGGAUGGAUAUCCCAUGCAGAUCACCUAUUUCUGGAGGGGACUGCCUCCAAGCAUUGAUGCAGUUUAUGAAAACAGUGAGGGGAAUUUUGUUUUCUUUAAAGGUAACAAGUUCUGGGUCUUCAAGGACACCACUCUCCAGCCAGGGUAUCCUCAAGAUUUGAUAACACUCGGAAUCGGAAUUCCUCCCCAUGGUUUUGAUUCAGCAAUUUGGUGGGAGGAUGUUGGGAAAACCUACUUCUUCAAAGGAGAUAGGUACUGGAGGUACAGUGAAGAAGUGAGCUCCAUGGACCCAGGUUAUCCCAAACCGAUCACAAUCUGGAAAGGUAUCCCAGAAUCUCCUCAGGGAGCCUUUGUCCAUAAAGAAAAUGGCUUCACAUAUUUCUACAAAGGAAAGGAGUACUGGAAAUUCAAUAACCAGAUGCUCAGGGUGGAACCUGGAUAUCCCAGAUCCAUCCUCAAGGAUUUUAUGGGUUGUGAUGGCCCAACAGACCGAGACAGAGACCGAUACAGCCCUCAAGAUGACGUUGAUAUUGUCAUCAAACUGGACAACACAGCCAGCACUGUGAAAGCCAUAGCCAUUGUCAUUCCCUGCAUCCUGGCCUUGUGCCUCCUUGUCUUGGUUUACACUGUGUUCCAGUUCAAGAGGAAAGGAACACCCCGCCACAUACUGUACUGCAAACGCUCUAUGCAAGAGUGGGUGUGAUAUAGGGUUUUCUCUUUCUCCCAGGAGUUUGUGGUAACUUGAGGUUCAACACAAGAGCUGUUAAGCAGUUUCCUAGCUAGGAGUGGGCAUCUGUCAGCCUGAAUCAAGGCUGAUCUUUAAAACCCAGGGGGUUGCCUGUCCUGCACAUGAGUGGGGAUUCACUCAACUAGGAAGCUUCCAUGAUACACAGUAUCUGCCGUUUCUUCAGUCCUUUGUCUUUCUUUGUCAUUCGAUUCUAGGCCUUUCCUCUGCACGCUCAAUACCCGAUAAACUAUCAGGAUUAACUAACGAAGAGGAAAAAAAAAAAGAAAAGAAAAGAAAAUUCUCUAAUGUUUCUACUGUUUUCCCCACACAGCCUGUUCCCCUUUGAAAAGAUUUUUGCUGAAAGUAAUUUUUUUUUUAAAUAUAACAACACAACAACCCAUAAUUGAACUUUCAGGAAAGUGUGAAGAUCCAAAACAGCUUUGUCUCCAAAGAGGAUUGCUUUCUGUCUGCUAGGGAUAUAGUCCUACACUCCUACACACAAUUUUUGUCAAGUGGGAGACCUGGAUGACACGCAGGACUUCAGACUGUUUGGACAGCCAUUUUCCAACAAACAAGGGGCCAAAAUAUCUGCAAUAUAGUAACAGCCUUAAUGAUACAUUUUGUGUUUUAUACAGCUGUUCUGAGCUAUGUCCUCAAUGUUUUAACACAUUUAUAUUCAUUACAAUCUUCAAACAGAACCUUUUUAUUGAUUUGUUUUGUUUUGUUUGUUGGUUUUCCUACAUCAUUUUUUCCCGAGCUAUACCAGGCCAACUGCCCAGGCCUUUCACAGGUCUGUCAGAAACGCUCAUUCCAAAGCAUAGCAAAAAGCAGUAUGUCUCUGAAGUGGAUUGCAAUGAACAAAAGUGAGAGUCAUGUUUUAGAGAAAAAUUGACACUGGUAUUACAUAGGUGUAACCCUUUGAGAACUAUUGGAUCAGUUUUCAGAGUCCGAUGGAUGCUAACCUGGGUUGCCAUGAAAUUACAGGACUGGGCAGAUGUGGUAUUUGGAAAUACAGGUUAAAAUACAUUCAGGUUUUUAAAGCAGAUUUCCUGUGACUGCAAGUAAAGGUUUUUAGUUACUUGCAUUAUUGGUAAACAAAAUAAAAUAUUUAUAGCAAAUAAAUAAGAAUUAAACUAUAUUUGCCAGCUACUUUCUGGUUAAAUAAACCAAACUUAUUUUAAUAAUGUCUAGCACUUAGACAGGAUUUUUGAACCAGCUACAGUUUUAUAGCUUACACAUAUUGAAAUUCUGUUUUAAACUAUGUUGCAUGAUAAUUCAAUUUGUCUUGGUACAUGAAUACACAAAGGUAGAGUUACAGUAACAAAAGAGAGCUAAAAAUGAUGACUCUGAUGUUGCAUGAGUAUCCUCUGGUGCAUUACGUAUUGCAUGUUCACCAUAGUUCUCAAAGGGUUAGUCAAAUCUUUGGCAUUUAGCCGUACAUUAAAUCACUGACAGAGCCAAGGGACCACCAAAGCAUUUUGUCAUCUUGUGUAAUUUGUGCUAACAGCAGUAUUGUCAUUUUCAUGUGACCUGCAGAGCAGGUUUGUAUCAAUAUUUUUUUCCUAGAGAAAAGUCACCAACUGACAGACCUCUUUAUUGAAUUUAAGAGCUGCUUCUUGCAGUGAUAGGCUUUACAGUCACUGGGCUGUGAACUUAUUAAAGAUGGUCAGAAUGAAUGCACCCCAUGAGUCAGACACCUGGCUUUUUAUGAAAGCCAGGAUUUGAGGGGAGUAGCUUUUGAAACAAUGAACAGCUUGCCUUGAACUUGAUUAUUGAUCUGUUGACUGUCAUUACCAUGUUAAACAUUGUCUUCUGUGAACAGUUUCACUGUCUGAAUUUCCUUAAAGUGUACCAUCCUAUGUCUUUGCUCUUUGACCUUUAACUUGCUAACUGGCACAAACUGAAGGGAAUCUGGUGUUACAAAUCAGUUUUGAUUGUUUUUUUCUUUUUCAAAGGCCUGAUAUUCAUUAUCCAAGGUUAUAGAAAGCAUUGAACUGUUUUCUUAGAAAAGGAAGUGACAGCAACAAAAUAUUUAUGGUAGAUCUGUAGAUGGAUAUUUUGCUAUGUAUACAUGCACACUCUAAAAAUGAACUACAGUAGAAGUGAAUUUUUAUUAGCUUGAAUACAAUUUUCAGUAUAAAAUGAGUCAUUUCUACAAAUUAGUUAUUAAUGACAAACAUAUAGGAAAAAUACUAAAAUACUUGAAACAGU